AUGCUUACCAUAAAGCGUUGUCUGACCGAUUUCGGCCGUGAUGGCUGCAGCGAAGAUAUGUUGCGAACUGAAGCUGCCUUUAUCUUGCUCAAGUUACAGGAGUGUAAGUCUGAAUUUCUGCAGCCGACCAAAGAUACCUGGAAUGCUUUCAUAUCGUUUCGGGACAAUGACGAAACAAACCAACGUAGUCAAGAUCAGGAGCUCUCCAUUGCACUCGAGGUGGCUCAUAUGAGAGCAAAUGCGACUCGGCUUCAACGAUUUGAACGACAACUUCAAGUAGCUAUCGCAGCCACUGAACGUUCGCUUAGAAAGUGUUUAGUUAAAACAUUUGAAUUCAGUAAAAUGGCCUUCUCUCCGUACUUGCAUCCGAUAAAUGCCUGUAAAAAUAUUUGGUUCGCCAUGUGUCAUCCUAUGGUAACAUUAAGAGCCGUAGUGAAGUGGGUGAAAGAAAAUCCGUGGAAAGCUGGUUUGGUCAUCUUGGGCAGCAUCGCUGUUGGUGUCGCAGUGGGAUUUGGUAUCGGCGGGCCGCUUAUCGCUGGAGCCUUUUUGCUUGACUUCACUGUUGGAAUCGUGGCCGGAGUAGUAACAACCGUCGUUGCGGGAAGUAUACCAAUGCUGGCAGCAGCAGGAGAAGGUGGACUCCUUGUUAAGUCCGCUCAAAAGCAACAAGAGAACGAUAAGAAAGCAUACGCAGACAGAAGAGUAGGUGUUUGCGAAGAAGUGACCCCACUACAGCAAGCACUAAAACGAGAACUAGAAGAACAGAGAGAUACAGAAUAUAUUAGGACAUGUGAGAAGGAAGCAACAAUUCGAGCAAAGAAUGAUCUGCUUUUGUUGAAGCGAUUGGAAGAAGAUACAAUUAGGCAACAGCAAGAACAACUGUACAACAUGGAUCGCGAACCUUUGCAAAAGGCUCUUGGCGAACUGCAAGAAGCUCACGCAGUUACACGCAUGGAAAAUCAAAGAGUGAGCAAUGAGCGUGCAGAGGUUGAACAACAACUUGCUGCGGUCCGUGAGGAUCAUGCAAAAAUGAACAUUGCAGAAGUUGCCGCGCUCAGUCAAUGGAACACUAUCGCAAGCAUGGCAACAGCGCGUGAAGAUCACACUGCCAUCCUGCUCAAUUCAAGCAAAGUUCUUGUAACUGGUGGUAAGGGAUUGUCCAGUGCUCUUGCUAGUUGUGAAAUAUAUGACCCAUCAACUGGUCAAUGGAACACUAUCGCAAGCAUGGCAACAGCACGUGAUUAUCAUACUGCAACGCUGCUCAAUUCAGGCAAAGUUCUUAUCACUGGUGGUUAUAACCCUUCGUCCGGUUCUCUUGCUAGUUGUGAAAUAUAUGAUCCAUCAACUGGUCAAUGGAACACAACUACCCGCAUGAUAACAGGACGCGAACAACAUACUGCAACCCUACUCAAUUCAGGCAAAGUUCUCGUCACGGGGGGUUGGAAUUCAUCAUCCAUUUAUCUUCCUAAUUCAGAAAUAUAUGAUCCAUCAAUGGGCCAAUGGAACACUACUGCAAACAUGGCAACAGCACGUACAAGUCAUACAAUAACCCUGCUCAAUCCCGGCAAAGUUCUUGUCACUGGUGGUCACGGAUCGUCCGGUUCUCUUGCUAGCUGUGAAAUAUAUGAUGUAUCAGCUGGGAAAUGGAACACUACUACACUCAUGGCAAGAGCACAUGAAUAUCAUACUGCAACCCUGCUCAAUUCGCACAAAGUUCUUCUCAGUGGUGGUUCGGCAUUGUCCACUCCUCUUGCUAGUUCUUGA